UUUCUCACUCCACUGUUCUUUCUCACAACUUUCAUUACUACCAGUCAGGAAAUGUUUCUGUAUUCUGUGAUUUCAGAUUCCUGCCGGGAAGUAUCUUCCGUAUAUUAUGUGCAGCAGCAACAUCACUUCUCAUGAUACAGCUGUUGGGACCUUGUUUAAGAACAUCUCCAAGGUGACACAAGCCGCUCUGGUCUUCCAUGAAGUUUUCAUUCAAAUGCUUCAAUUACUGGAAGAACAUCAUCAUGACCUCCAGCAUCACGAGCAAGAAUGGCGGAAGAUGAAAAAACUUUUACAGAGCGAGGCCGAGUUCUUAGAUCCUUGUGUCCAAAGCAAAAGGAAAAGUCCUGUGGUUAAGAGGAUUCUGCAGAAAAUAUCCAUUUACUUUGACAACCUGCGGUCCGCACUGAUAAAUAAGAUUCCUGCCGGGAAGUAUCUUCCGUACAUUAUGUGCAGCAGCAACAUCACUUCUCAUGAUACAGCUGUUGGGACCUUGUUUAAGAACAUCUCCAAGGUGUCACAAGCCGCUCUGGUCUUCCAUGAAGUUUUCAUUCAAAUGCUUCAAUUACUGGAAGAACAUCAUCAUGACCUCCAGCAUCACGAGCAAGAAUGGCGGAAGAUGAAAAAACUUUUACAGAGCGAGGCCGAGUUCUUAGAUCCUUGUGUCCAAAGCAAAAGGAAAAGUCCUGUGGUUAAGCAGAUUCUGCAGAAAAUAAAAAUUUACUUAGACAACCUGCGGUUCCCACCGAUAAAGGAGGCAGGCGCAGGGCAGUUUCUCGUAGAUCUCCUGAUCCAGGACGACUCCUCUAAUGACAAAACUUUAUCUGCGGCUGUAAUGUCUGAUUUAGUAAUGUCUGCUCCCCUGUAUGUUUUAGGUGGAUAUCCUCUUGACUUGGAAGUUGAAGAAUCGGGAAUAAUUGCAAAUUGA